UCUGUUCCUUCCAAGCGUUCAAUGUAAGUAGACGUAUUUCUCUUUGUCUCUUCAAUAUUUGAGAAAAAAAAAAGAAAAAAUUUAUCAAACAAUAAAAAGUCAUCCGGCAUAAAAAUUCGUGCAAUUAAAUAAAACUUGCGUUAAAUAACUAGAAAAAACCGUUUAUUUGGCAUAAAUUGGCAUAAAAUCCAUUGCAUAUCGUAUAUUUUUUUUGUUUGAGAAAAAAGAGAGAAUUUUUUUUCUUUGUGUGAAAGUGUCUGAAUUCAAGAUGGAGGUCAAAAAGGAAUUAAUAAGUACGCCAUUACCACAACGUAAUACAAAUGCUACAAAUGGUCCGGCCGCACCACAAAAUGUGGCAGCAAAACCACAGCAAACUGGUAAUCAACCGCAAGCAAAUAAAAAUGUCCAAAAUGCAACUCCAGCUGGAAAUCAGAAUGCACAAGGAAAUCAGAAUAAUGUUGAUAAAAAGCCAAAUUUCAUCAAAAAUAAUAAUAAUCAGAACAAUAUGGGCGGCGGUAAUGUGAACAACAAGCGCAAUAAUAAUAAUAACAAUAAUAAUAAUAAUAAUCAGCGUUUCGGCAACAACCGUAAUAAUAAUAAUAAUAAUCGAGGCGGCCGUGGUCGUAAUGAUAGAUCAAACUCCAGAAUGCGAAGAAAUAAUUUUGAUCGUCGUGGACCAAAUCAACAACAGAAUCAAAAUCAAGGUGGAACCGAUAAUCAGGACGAAAAUGGCCCAAAUGUUAACCAAAAUUCGGCUGACAAUACCAAUACCCAAGGCAAUCAAGGCAAUCAAGGCCAUCAGGGACAUCAAGGUAAUCAAGGACACCAGGGCAACCAAAACCACCAAGGUAAUCAUGAUGGUGGCCGUCGCUUUGGAAAUGAUAACGAUGGUGGUCGACGAUUCGGAAAUCGUGAUGAUCGUGGCCGCAAAGGUGAAGAUUUUAUGAUUCAACAAAGAUUGAAACACCUUCAAGGGCCAACACACGAAUUGCCACCGGUCGAAUAUCAAGAGGUUAAAUUUUCCGGCCGCAAUCGUUUGUAUGUCGGAAAUUUGCCACAAGAUGUAAAAGAAGAAGAUUUACGUGAAUGGUUCAAGCCAUUCGGUGAAAUUAACGAAGCAUUCGUUAAUAAUGAGAAGAAUUUUGCAUUCUUAAAAGUCGAUUAUCAUGCAAAUGCUGAACGAGCCAAACGUGAACUGGACGGCAGCUUACAGAAAAAUCGUCCAAUUCGUAUUCGAUUCGCACCAAAUGCAACCACCAUUCGUGUGAAAAAUCUAACGCCAUUCGUUUCCAACGAAUUACUUCACAAAUCAUUCGAAGUUUUUGGGCCGGUUGAACGUGCUGUUAUUGUCGUUGAUGAUCGUGGAAAGCCAACUGGCGAAGGAAUUGUUGAAUAUACUCGUAAGUCGGGUGCAAUGAUUGCUUUGCGUUAUUGUGGCGACAAGUGCUAUUUCCUCACAUCGUCGCUCCGUCCGUGUGUUGUUGAACUGUUUGAGCACAGUGACGAUACCGAUGGUUAUCCAGAAAAAGCUUUGAAUCGUAAAACUGAUGCCUAUAUGAAUUCACGUCAAUAUGGGCCACGAUUUGCCGAACAAAAUUCAUUUGAACACGAAUACGGUACACGCUGGAAGAAUUUACAUGAAUUGUACAAACAAAAAUACGAGGCACUCAAACGUGAAAUGUUGCUCGAUGAAGAGAAAUUAGAGGCACAAAUGGAAUAUGCACGCUACGAACAUGAAACUGAAAUGUUGCGAGAGCAAUUACGUGCCCGUGAAAUGGACAGAGAAAAUCGCAAGACCGAAUGGGAAAAAAAGGAACGUUUUGCAGAGCAACAACGCAAAGAUACCGAGGACCAAAUGCGUCGACGAGAGGAUGACAUGAACAUGCGAAUCACUCGUCAAGACGAUGAACUAAGACGAAGACAACAAGAAAACAAUUUAUUUAUGCAGGCACAACAGCUAAUGAUGGAUGCACAAGAUUUGAAUCAAGGCAACGUUGUCACCAAUGAUCUCAAUAAUCUGAAUAACCUUACUAACAUCAACAAUCUCAAUAACUUGGGAGGCGGGGGUGGUAGCAACAAUAACGGCAGUGGUGGUAGCGGUGGCGGCGGCGGCGGUCGCAAGAAUUUCAACAACAAUCGCAAUUUUGGUGGUGGAAACAACCAGGAUCCAGGAUUUAUGGAUAAUCGCAAUAAUGGUGGAAACAACAACCAAAAUCAAAAUCAUCAAAAUAAUAAUCAGCGUGGCAACCGAUUUAAUGACGAUUUCAAUCAAAACAAAGGUGGUCGUAACCAGGGCCAAGGUAAUAAUAACAUGGGAAAUCGCCGAAACAACAACAACAACAACAAUAUGCAGCAGUGGAACGACCAUCGCAACAACGAUGGCUUCCAAAAUAAACGACGUCGCUUUUAAGACUCAAACAUAUACACCCACACACACGCAUGAUAUCGCUGACUGGUUGAAAUUUAUUCAACUAACCAAUUUUAGUAAAAUCGACAAUUAACAAUUUAGUAGAAUCGAGAAAUUCUAUCUGCGCCGAUAUAUGCCAAUUUAAUUAUGAUGAAAAAAAAAAACAAAUCGUAUGGCAACCCUCUAUUUCCUGCAUUGUCUAUCGUAUGAAACAUCCACAAUGGAUGUGUGCAAUUUACUCUCUCAAAUGAAACAUUUGACGCCGACUGAAAUCAUUUUCGGCCACACAAACACACACACAAAACACCUAUGUAUGCAAUGUUUCAGACACUUAUCAUAUGUUUGAAUUUAAAUUAACAUGAAUUAGAAGUGGCAGCAACAUUGCUGUAGCAUAUAUAUACUACAUAUAAACUUUAAAAUAUUUGAGAUCUAUUUGUAUCGCGUAUCAUCAUUUCCAUGUACAAUUUAUGAUAUUAGUUUUAUUUCAUUCACUUUUUUUUGCUAAUAAUAUUUGGCAUUAAAUUUAUUAUUUUAGUUUGUUAUAAAAGUAUUAAAAAACAUUAAAUCCAUCUAACAUAUACAUACAUUCUCAGUAGAAUAUUGAAAGCGUCUUUUUUUGCGGCUAGAAAAAGUGACUCGAUGAUGAAGAGAUUUUUUUUUCGUAAUUUAAAAGAUUAUUAUUUCUUUCUAGCAUUGUGAUUAACGUUUUAAUUUUCUCUUAGCUUUGAUUUCGCGUUUUUUGGUUAUCAUGAAUCUCUUCGACUACAAAAAAAACAACUACCAUACAAUUUCAUACUUGAUAACCCAUGGGUUGCAUUCGAUUACCAAAAAAAAUAUAUCAUCAACUAUAUUUUUCUAAAUUAAUAUUUUUUAAAUUUUAUUUCCUUAUCAAACACAAAAAAAAAGAACAACGUAACGAAUAAGUUUGAGAUAAAAAAAUCCUUUUAUUGUAGGUAGCUUAAAUAAUCCCAAAAUGGAUUGAUGUAAAUCCAAAACAAAAUAUUUGUCUAUGCGUAUACUCGAUUGUCUCUUAUGCGUAAUAUUGAUAGACUCGAACAAAACCUGAUCUUGUGUGAUCAAUAAAAAGUAAUCUGACUUUUAAUACACAUCAAUCAUAUUUGAUUUUUUCCAUGUGAAUAGACUUAAGGUAUUGAACAAAAAAAAAAAACAACACUUCAACGCUAGUGAAAUUGACUUUAUACUAGAUAUAGUCGCUUAAAUUACUAAAACUUGGUGGUAUCUAGAAAAAGUGACGAAGAAAAAAAAAACAAAUCAAAUAUCAAUUAAAAUAUGUUCUAUGUAAAACAAUCGAUUUUGAUGAUAUAAUAAACAUUCACAAAUUUCAUUGAAA